AUGUUAGGCACCGUAAAUUUGCCCAACUUAUCAAUCAAAGCUUUUGCUAUUGCUGCGGGGGAAGCACACACUCUUCUUCUUGCUGGAGAUGGACGUGUUUAUUCUUGGGGAAGAGGAAUACUGGGGCGGCUUGGCAGAGGUUCUCAACACGACGACCAUCUUCCCCUUCAAGUCAGGUUUGGAUCAGAAGAAUACAACGUCAGAAUAGUGGCAAUUGCUGCUGGUGCUUAUCAUAGUCUUGCUCUUGCAGAGGACUUCCCUAGCAAAAAAGAUAGCGAUGGUGAUUAUUCUGUAGUGCCCUGCUUAUUGAAUAAGUUUCUCGACUUGCACCCUCCUGUUUCUUCAUCAACAUCAACUGCUCCAGAAGCAGAAGACAAAGCAUCAUUAAAGAUAGUUGCUGUCAAAGCAGGAGGAAUGAUGUCUCUGUGUAUUGAUAAUCUUGGUGCCCUCUGGAUGUGGGGAAAUUGUCCUGGACAAAGCCAUGAAGGUGACGUCUCUUUCAUAAGCAACUUCACUCCAACACCAGUAUGGGAUUUUCAUGGUCACACUGUAGUUCAAGUAGCAUGUGGAAAUGAACAUGUUGUGGCACUUGUUACUGCUGGAGAAUCAUACACGGGUGUGGAUGAUCUAGUGUGCUAUUCUUGGGGUAACAACAGUCAUGGUCAAUUGGGCUUGGGGGAUAAGGAGAAUAGGCCACGACCUGAAGUGGUGAAAACAUUUGAUCUGGAGUCCCCUUGGGUAAUUUAUGAGGUAGCAUGUGGUGCCUUUCACACUGCUUUUCUCACUCGCAAGAAGAGGCCUAACACAUUAGAAAGCACAUGCUGGACAUUUGGCCUUGGGGAUAAUGGACAACUUGGACAUGGGACAACACAAAGUACAUUACUUCCUGAACCUGUUAAAGAAUUGCCACAAAAUGUGCUUCUUGUUUCUGUUGACUGUGGCUUGUUUCAUACUUGUGUUGUUUCCUCUGAUGGGUACGUGUGGUCAUGGGGAAUGGAGAAGGGUCUUGGCUUAUGUCCUGAUGAUAGUAAUGAUGGAACACAUUCUGGUGAUGCUCUUUCUCCCCUUCUUAUCUCAUGCAAUCCAUAUCAGCCUCAAUUUCCAGAACCAGUUCAAGUUGCAUGUGGAGCUGCACAUACUGUUAUUGUUGCGCAAGAGGGAUAUAAGCUCUGGUCUUGGGGUAGAGGAAGGAGUGGGGUUCUUGGAAAUGGUAAGACUACAGAUAGCUACACUCCCACCAUUGUGCUAUGGCCUCCACUGAUGCAAGAUUUCAAACAAGAUGAAUUUCAUAGCUCUCAUAAUACAAAGGAGACUGAAAGAGUGACAGAGACAGAUGACAGAUUAUCUUCAGCAUUGAACGAAAUGAAGCUGCUUCAAACAAAGCUAUCCACAAUGGAGAGAUAUGCUAGUAUACUUCAUGGUUCUAUCUUUGGAGAACCUUUUGAUGAGCAAGAUAUUCCUGCUUCAUUGCAAAAUUCAGGUGCAUUUAACAUUUCAAAGGAAUGGGAGAACAUUUUAGAGGCAGCAGAUCGUACAAAGCUAAGUAAGUUGGAAAUACUCUACCGAAACAUGCUUGCUGUUGUGAAGGAUAAACUAAUGAAAAGAAGGAUCAAGGAGAUUAUAAAUGACUGCCUACCAUCUUCACAGGUUGAGAAUUAG